CCCUUAUUCACGGAUCCCGGAUUGAAACAUCCAGUACAUACACGCAUACCUCAACAGGACAAGACGUCCCUUGCCAUUGGAGGGAAAGAGCAAUCACAACACCAACAACAAUAGCACCACCACCAGUAACAACAAAAACUCGUCCCCCCGUUAGCUAUGACGGAUAGCACCGCGGAAGAGAUGGCACCCGUGGCGGCAUCGCCACUCGGUUCAUGGGUUCCCCGGUUCCUACGGAUACGAAGGACCAGAGACGAAAGCGUAGCGAACGAGCGCACCUCACUAUUGCCGAAACCCACUACGGAUUCGUCCAACUCGAUAGUAUCACGGCAGGACGGCGAGUGUUUUCCGAUCGAAGAUCCGGGGGACGAGACAUGGAUGAAGCUGGUCGUACGGGAAUUCAUUCUUCUCACCAAGAUGAGCGUGCCGGUCAUACUGGCGUACACGCUGCAAAACUCGUUGCAGACCAUCUCGGUCCUCGUGGUGGGGAGGUUGAGUCCCGAGCACCUGGCUGCGGCUGCGUUCUCGUACAUGUUCGCCAUGUGCACGGCUUGGCUGAUAGCUCUGGGUGGGUCGACGGCGCUGGACACUCUCUGCUCCUCGUCGUUCACCGGCUCAAAGAAUCCCCACGAACUGGGGAUCCUGCUGCAGCGGUCGUUCGUCGUGCUCGGCGCCAUGUACGUGCCUGUCUGCUUCCUGUGGUGGUUCUCGGAGGGCUUGUUCUUGAAGCUCGGGCAGGAACCGGGGAUCUCCCGGGACAGCGCUUUGUUCCUGAGAUGUCUCAUCCCCGGUGGACUGGGCUACAUUUUCUUCGAGGCCACCAAGAAGUUCCUGCAAGCCCAGGGGAUCAUGAGGGCUGGAACCUAUGUCCUCCUCUUUACGUCUCCGCUCUCGGCUCUGCUCAACUACCUCUUUGUGUACACCUUCAACAUGGGGCUCGUGGGCGCCCCUUUGGCCACCGGACUGACUUAUUGGAUUUCAUUCGGCUGUCUCGUCGGAUAUGCACGGUUCGUACGCGGAUGGGAAAGUUGGGGCGGAUGGGACAGAAGCUGCUUGAGCAAUCUUGGGACAUUCGCCAGACUGGCCGGCUUAGGCGUGAUCAUGGUGGGUACGGAAUGGUGGGCCUUUGAAAUCGUUGCUCUCGCCGCCGGCCGCCUGGGAACCGUUCCCUUGGCCGCCCAGAGCGUGAUCAUGACAACCGACCAAGUGCUGAACACGAUCCCGUUCGGCAUCGGAGUAGCCGCCUCCACGCGGGUCGGAAAUCUCCUUGGAGCACGAGACGCGCGCGGGGCCGCGAGAGCUGCGAAUACGGCUGCGUGGCUCAGCAUCAUCGUCGGUGCUGUGGUUCUGGCCGCCAUGAUGAGCGUCAAGGACUCGUUCGCGCUCAUCUUUAACGACGACAUGGAGGUCGUGCGCCUCACCGCCGAGGUCAUGCCGUUCGUCGCACUGUUCCAGAUUGCCGAUGGGCUCAAUGGUUCAUGCGGUGGAUCGCUACGAGGCAUGGGCAGACAGCACACCGGCGCCAUCGUCAACAUCGUCAGCUACUACUUUGGCGCCCUGCCGCUGGGAAUACACCUCGCAUUCAACGGGUGGGGACUCGAGGGCUUGUGGGUCGGCCAGUGCAUCGCACUGUAUCUAGUGGGCGCUAUGGAAUGGGCGCUAGUAGCGUUCAGCGAUUGGAAUCUACAGGUCAAGAAGGCAUUCGAGAGGAUGGACGAAGGGGAGCAGAUUGAGAGCGGUGGGCUGUUUCAGCAGGCUGAGGAGGAGUAGUGGUAUGGCAUGGAAAUUCACCGUAGAUAGGGUUAUCGCUUAUCAGUUAGUUUACGUAGUGAUGCAUGAUGUCUAGAUCUAGAGUAGAUAGCGGUUGCGUUCACGUAUGUACGGGAAGGAAAGCUUUAGUAAAUAGCAAUCCAUCUCAUGAAGCUCAUCUUUCGUAUGACGAUCUAGCACAUACAGUUCCACUUAUCCGUCAAAGGAAGUAUCGGGAGCUUUUAGCCAUGGCACGAUUUCUACAUACCCAUACCCAUCCCUAUCGACCCAGGGAGCUUUCGAUUGAAAACCG